UUCAAACCUUUUUUCCUUUUGCCUUCCUUUCACCUCGGGGCAUGCAAUCCAACCAACCACUGUUUCCUCCUACUUGAUUACAAGAUAAUCAAGUGAGGUACGGUCUUGGAUCUCCCACCCAGAAUAGAGCCACCCAAAGCUUGAACGCAUUCUUCAUUUUCCUUGUUGCAGAUGAGCCAGAAGUGAAGGCUGAGCGUCCCGUGGUUCAUGGUGGCGUCGGCUAUCAGGUGGAACUCGUGUGCCUGGUUUACUCAGAACCCGCUGCGGAUGUCCUCUGGUACAAGGACACGAUGCUCCUGGAUUCCAAUGGCAAGCGCUACAUGCAACAGAAGGGCAAUCGCUUCACUAUGCUGAUUCGAUCCCUGGAACUGGACGAUUUUGGCAAUUACUCAUGCUCCGCUUCCAACAUGUUGGGCAAAUCCAAAGCCAAUGUCCGGGUUCAAGGCAAUCCCAAUACUCCAAUCUUCAACAGCCGCGUGGAUUCCCGGAGUCCGACCAGUUACAAAUUGUCCUGGAUCACCGAGUCCUACACAAUGAUCGAGGAGUACCGCUUGCUCUACAGAAAACUACCUGAUGAUCCCACCAAAGACAUCGUCUACGCCUACAACAACAUCAUUAUCAACGGGGUGGGAACACACGGGUUCGAGCACCAUCAGUCCUACAUUCUGGAAAAUCUCAUCCCCAACUCCAUGUAUGAGGCUCAGAUCCAGGCCAAGAAUAAGUUCGGCUGGAGCGGGGUCUCGGACAAGUUCCAGUUCUUCACCAGAGGUUACGAUGCCGCUCCCAUUGAGAGCUCGGUCAAGAACCCGGCUUCGGCACCUUUCGGAAUCAACUCGGCUCAUCGAGUGGUGUCCCAAUUCAUGAGAUAUCUUUACCUGUUUCUGGCAUUAUUCGUGGUUCUCAUGUCGUACGUGAGCGAUCAAGUCUGGCCUUGAACCAACCUUUGGGGACGAAGCGGAAGGAAGAGGAUACGAUGACAACGUCACACCUUGUGUUCAAUUUUUGCCAGAAAAUGUCUAGUCAAACCAAAAAAAUAACCAGCAAGCCGCGAUGUUUUAGAAUCCUCAUUUCCAGAACAACUACAAGAACUUAUAUUACUACUCGUACCACAAGUAGUAGUAGUAGUAGCACUACUAGUACUACUACUCAUGCUACCAUCGCAACAACAACAACAACAACGCCGUCAAAGCUCGAGGCUUGGAGUCAUUCAUAAUUCACGGUUCACACGAACAAAUAGAUCGCAAUCAUGCCCAGUCAAUCAGGCCUGUUCUCCUCACACUGACUAUGAUUCGAUAAUAGAUAUUAUUAUUAUUAUUAUUGACCCGGCGGAUCCAUGUGGAAGAAGAGUGUACUCAAAUAAGGCUGUGAUUUCUCCAAAUUUUGUUCCAUCUUAAAAACCUACUGCUAUUGCUAUCACCAUGAUCAUCAUCACCAUCAUCAUCAUCACCAUCAUCAUCCACACUCAACCCCAUUCUCGUCAGCUCGCAAACCAACCACUCGAUUGGCUGCUUUUUGGACACUCGAUGGGCCCUUAGAUCGUUCUGUUGAUCUCGGUACCCGAGUACUGAACUCGAUCAUAAUUUUUGGUGUGUAUUGUGCAUAAAUAAACGAUGAAAAGUGUUAACAA